AUGGCGAGCACCGAUAUUCUGCUUGCCGGCGCAUUCGCCGCCUUCACCGUCGACCUGCUAAUCUACCCCCUCGACACGCUCAAAACGCGCCUCCAAAAAGCCAGCCCCGCCACCCCCACCGCGCGCAAAUCCUUCUGGCGCAACAACCCGCACCUCUACAAGGGCCUCUACCAGGGCGUCGGCAGCGUGGUGAUCGCGACCGCCCCCGCCGCCGGCGUCUUCUUCACCACGUACGAGUUCCUCCUGUCGCACACGCACUCGGCCGUGCUCUCGUCGGCGGUCGCAGAGGCGUGCUCGUGCGCGAUUAUUACGCCGGCGGAGGUGGUGAAGCAGAAUGCGCAGGUGAUCUCUGGGGGAGGAGGGGGAGGAGGGGUGGGGGUGGGGGUGUCGUCGUCGCUGCAGGCGCUGCGGCGCAUUCCCAGGGUGAGUUAUCUAUGGCGUGGGUAUGCGACGCUUGUGGGAAGGAACUUGCCGUUCACGGCGAUGCAGUUCCCGGUGUUUGAGGCGCUGAAGCGGCGGGUCGUUGAUGUGGGGGAGGCGACGCCGGUGGAGAUGGGGGUUGGGGCGGCGGUGUGUGCGGGGUCGGCGGGCGGGGUGGCGGCGGUGAUUACGACCCCGGUGGACGUGGUGAAGACGAGAGUUAUGUUGUCGGCGGGGGGGAGGGGGAGGGGGGGGAGGAUGGGGGUGGGGGAGGUGGUGGGGGAGGUGUGGAGGGGGGAGGGGUGGAGGGGGUUCAUGAGGGGGGGGGCACUGAGGUGUGGGUGGACGGCGGUUGGGAGUGGGUUGUAUUUGGGGAGUUAUGAGGCGGCGAAGGUGUGGUUGAGGAGGGGGAGGGAGGAGAAGGAGGGGCAGGUGGUGGCUAUUUAG